UUCCGUAUUUCUCUUUCUUUCUGCCAUUAUGAACACGGUAUCUACCGUCACCCAUUAUUCUGUUCCCGAAGAAAUGGAGGAAGGCUCUGUCGUUGCUAAUUUAGCAACUGAUUUGGGAUUAGACGUGAAGACGCUAAAGGAAAGGAAAAUGCGCGUAGACGUUGUAGGCAAUAAGAAAUAUAUCGAAAUCAACAAAGACACAGGAGAACUGUUUAUCUUUGAAAGGAUAGACAGAGAGUUGUUAUGCCGCUUGAAGACGUGCUUUCUGAAAUUAGACGCUACAAUUGAAAAUCCAAUACGGAUGUUUAAUAUUGAGGUGGAAAUCACGGAUAUUAACGACAACGCUCCUCAUUUUCGACGGGGGACGAUGCACCUGGACAUCUCUGAAUCAAGCCCCGUUGGAGAGAGAUUCUCAUUGAAUAAUGCUGCAGAUCCAGAUGUUGGAACGAAUUCUGUGAAAAAUUACCAUCUGAGCUCAAGUGAACAUUUCUCCAUUGAAAUUCAGACCGGGCGAGAUGGGACAAAGUUUGCUGACUUGAUUCUGAAAAAAGCUUUAGAUAGAGAGCAGCAGGCUGUUCAUAAUCUAAUACUCACUGCUGUGGACGGUGGAGUUCCCACGCGCACAGGUACAGCCAGCAUCAUUGUUCGCGUGCUUGAUGUGAACGACAACGCCCCUUCAUUUGACAAAGACAUAUAUAUCAUAGAUGUAAUGGAGAACUCCCCGAUUGGCAGUCUAGUAGUAAAACUAAACGCCACUGAUUUAGAUGAAGGCUCAAAUUCCGACAUUGUUUAUUCAUAUAGUUUAUAUACAUCAGAGAGAACACAACAGAUGUUUAACUUGAAUCCAGAAAAUGGUGAAAUCAGAGUGAAAGAGAUGAUAAAUUAUGAAGAUUUAAAGCUUUAUGAAAUGGAGGUUAUUGCCAGUGAUAAGGGGCCUAACUCCUUAUCUGGACAGUGUAAACUGACAAUACAGGUGACAGAUAUGAAUGACAACCACCCAGAAAUAUCCAUCAAAUCAUUUCAGAGUCCAAUAAAAGAAAAUGAACCAAUAGACACAGUGAUAGCAGUAGUUAGUGUCAGUGAUAAAGACUCAGGUAACAAUGGAGUGGUUGAUCUUCAUAUUCCAGAUAAUAUGCCUUUCAAACUGAGGGAGUCCUCUGAUAACUAUUAUGAAUUAGUAGUGUCAGAGCCAUUAGACCGUGAGAAGGUUCCAGAAUAUGACAUCACGUUCACUGUGACAGACAGAGGUUCUCCUCCUUUAUCUGACAAUGAAACUAUGACGUUAGAGCUGCUGGAUGUUAAUGACAAUGUCCCACAGUUCCCUCAGUCAUUUUAUACCAUACGUGUAAUGGAGAAUAACGCACCUGGGGCCUUGCUCAGCUCCCUCACUGCGUUUGACCCUGACCUCCAUGAAAACCAGUAUCUAGUUUAUUUCAUCCUAGAGAAGGAGAUAGCCAACACCUCCAUGUCCAUGCUGUUCUCCAUCAAUCCAGAGAACGGUAAUCUUUACGCACUAAAAACGUUUGACUAUGAGAUCGAGAAGGAGUUUCUUUUCCACAUCGAGGCCAGAGACUCUGGCUCUCCUCCACUCAGCAGUAACGUGACGGUCCACAUCAUCGUUGUGGACCAGAACGACAACGCUCCGGUUAUUGUCUCUCCGUGGCGCGCGCACGGCUCGGUGGUGGAGGAAAAGAUCCCCAGAUCCACCGAUAAAGGCUCUCUGGUUGCCAAGGUGAUAGCCUUAGACACCGACUCGGUGCACAACUCUCGGAUUACCUACCAGUUCCUCCAGGUGACUGACGCCACCUUGUUCAGUCUGGACCAGUACAACGGAGAGAUCCGGACUAUGAGGAUGUUCAGUUACAGAGACCCGCGCCACCAGCGACUGGUUGUUGUUGCCAAGGACAACGGGGAGCCUGCUCUCUCUGCUACAGUCACCAUCAAGCUGUCCACAGUGGAGACUGUCGUUAAGGCCUACUCUGACAUGACUGAGGUACCUCUGGAAUAUGACAUCUUUUCAGACCUAAACCUGUAUUUGGUCAUCGGUCUGGGCUCGGUGUCGUUUCUCCUGCUGAUCACCAUAUUGGUCACCAUCGUGCUCAAGUGUCAGAAACCCAAGCCCAGCAAAGCGGCUCCUCCCUGCAGGAACAGUGUGAUCAGUGAGAGGAACUCCACCAUCGCAGAUUCCACUCUGGUCUCCAACGAUGCCUACUGGUACAGUCUGUUUCUAGCAGAGACCAGGAAAGGAAAGCUGGUGGUUAGACAGCCUGUGCCAAAGGGCUCCAGAUACAUCGUGUCCAGUUUACCAAGAGGCACAGGACUGACAGACACUAGUGACUCAGCAGCUUCUACCCUGCAGUAUCCUAAAUGAGGAAAGUCCACUCUGCAGCUGGAGGGUUCCACCAGCAGCAGCAGCGGUUCAACAUAACACACCUCCAGCUGCGUACUGGAUUGACCCUGACAGGAUAGCUUCACAGAGGAAAGGAAAAACACCCUACCCAUAACAUGACCCCACAUCCAUCCUGCUCAGUCUGAUCUGUGUUUCCUCACAAUCUGUAGUUGUCAUGCUAUAACACCGAAUGGACUAUGGUGGCUAAUUAUGGACACAACCCUCCCCCUCUCUUUCUUUAAGCACAUGAAAAGCCAAUCAACAAUGCCUCUAUGUCCAUUCAAUAUGCAUGAUAAGAGUGCAUGGCGUUAACCACACUACAAGACUUUCAUACAAAAAAAAUUCAAGAGGAGAUACUCGCAAAGAAGAAGACUGUACGAAACAUUGCACCUGCGGAUAUUUAAAGAAGCCUCAACAAGGACUAUUAAGAGUGGACAUGGAAAUGUUGAAAUGCCUUUAAGAGACUGUUUUCUCUCUCUAAAAAUGAAACACAUGUUGGAUAUUACAUUUGUAACCUCUGUGCUUUGUCUUGCUCCAUAACAGCAUUGAUGUAUAACAAUAACUUAACUAAGAAGUAACACAGCACAAUUAACUAAAUGUCAGAAAAGCACCAACCUAGAAUUUUAAAGUAUGUAAACAAAAGGGAAUCAGUAUUUUAUAAGUGUGAUAGCUUUUAGUCAUUUUAUGUUUUGUACUUGACUUUGUGCUUAAAUGUGAGCUAGGCCUAAAUAUAUGAAUGAGAGUGCUGAGAGAUUAAGUUAAGGAAACCAGUACAUUAAACAGAUAAAAGUGAGGCCUUCAGCCGUUAUGUAUCUGCCUUUCAGUUGUUUCUGCAUGGGAUAAUCAAAGUACUUUAAUAGCUUUAGAUAUUUUAUAAUAUUGAGAAAUCCAUUUUCUGUAGUUUGGCCUUACGGUUUUAUUUUUUAAAAACAAUAUAGAAGAUUCAAUUUCAAUGACCACAAUGAAGAAGAACAACAGCAUAAUUUGUUUGUCCCACUGGUGCUGUUGUACUUCUUCAUUCCAGUCAUCUAUGGAUUCAGAAAGUUAAGUGUACUCUCAGCUUAAAUGUAAGUUAACAGUGUGCUUGAAUAUUAUGCCCACAUGGACAUUACCAGAGAAUAAGAGUCUAGGGGAUUAAACUGAACACAGUGAGUUCUUGAGAAUGGCUGGAUUACUAUCUCCUUAUGACUACUGUAUAUACAUCACAUGUACUUUGACUUUUUUUUAUAGCCAAACUCUGGAUGUUCCUUAAUUCCAGUGUCUUCUGAGAUUGUGUAACAAGUUGAAAAUUCACGUCAUGACUUAAUGUUUACUUUACAAUAGUGAAAUCCUGAAUACUGCUCGUGUAUUACUGACUAUUGUAUGUAUCUGCAUAUGCAACACACAAUUAGUGAUAUAGAUAUGACAUAUAUACAUCUGAAUCUAUAAAUAUGCUUUCCUUUUUCAAUACCAAUGCUGAACUUUUUAAGGUGAACAAAAACAGUGGAACUCCUGUGCCAUCAGAUUUAUGGGCCAACUAGUAUGUGCAACACUAAAAUACAUCAUGUUGUCACAUAACUCUUUAGCACAGUUCACAUUGCAUUACUUGUAUAAAGUUGUAAUGUUUUACAGGCAAACAUAUACAAUAAGUGUUUUUUGUGGUACAGUGGUACUUUUAUGGUGCAGUAUGUAGUAACUUGUGUAAUGUGAGCUUAUUGUAUGCUAUGGUUUGGUAUGUAUGAUCUAUUAAAUACAACAACAAAA